AUGAACAAAAUUUUAAUUUUUGCUCUUGUUUAUUGUUUUCUAAUUGGUAUUUCAGAGUCCAAAAGAGCAUCAUAAAUACCAAAUACGUAUGAUCCUGAUUUCUCAUUGAAGAUGGCUCACUAUGCUUGGGCAGCUAGGUGUUAAUAAGAUACAAUAUAAUCGUGGACUUGCGGUACUCCAUGUUAGUUAAACCCUAAUAUCACAGAUGUUUAAGUCUUCUAUAAUUCAACUCACCACUCACUAGGAUUUAUUGGAUAUGAUUAUUUUAAUUAAAUGAUAGUUUUGAGCUUUAGACCAACUAUGGACAAUUUAAAUUGGCUUUAUGAUUUCGAUUACUUUAAAAUCAACUAUUCAUAUUGCUAAGGCUGCUAAGUUCACAGAGGCUUUUUAUUUACUUGGAAUGAUUUAAGAUAAAACGUGUUAGCUUACACUCAAUUUUUAGUUAGCAAGUACCCAAAUGCUCCCUUAAUCAUAACAGGUCACUCUUUAGGAGCAGCAGUUUCUAUGCUUGCAGCAGUUGAAAUCAACCAUUAUAUUAAAAAGGUUGAUUACAUUUACAACUAUGGACAACCAAGAGUUGGAAAUAAAUAAUUUGCAGAUUUCUGUGAAUCUAUUAUUCCUGUUAUUUACAGAAUAAUUCAUAAUAGAGACCCUGUACCUCAUGUUCCACUUUAGAAGAUGGGCUUUUAGCACACAAGAACAGAAGUUUGGUACAAUAAAAAUAACACCUCUUAUUAGGUUUGCAAAGGAAGCGAAGACCCUCAGUGCAGCGACAAAAUAAAAGAAUAUCUACCAUUUGAUCAUGCAUGGUAUAUGGGGUUCAAUAUUGGAACUGACUGCCCAUGA